GCAUUGUGGAUGUUCAUGCCCAGUAUUUGCAUUGAGGGUAGUGCGAACCUGAAAGGCGGCAGCUGUGCGGGUUUAAAACACAUCAUGGCACCUGUCACCAGUAUUUUCCUCUGGCUGUUAUUUGUUUUGAAUGUUUCUGAACAGACUCUGAAAGUAAUCGCUGUCGGGGAAAUAUCCAAUUCUUGCUAUAAACCAGUCAAGUUCAACAGACCUACGUUUGUAAGAACAUAUGCCAGACCUCAUGAGUACUUGAACAUCACUGAACUCCCUGCUUCCUGGGAUUGGCGUAACAUUGAUGGGAUAAAUUAUGUGAGUGUGACACGUAAUCAGCAUAUCCCUCAGUACUGUGGCUCCUGCUGGGCCAUGGGCUCCACCAGCGCCCUGGCAGAUCGUAUAAACAUCAAACGGAAAGGGGCGUGGCCAUCAGCUUACCUGUCCGUCCAGAACGUAAUUGACUGUGGAGGGGCAGGGUCUUGUUUUGGAGGUGAUCACCUGGGGGUGUACGCUUACGCACAUGACAAGGGCAUUCCAGAUGAAACCUGCAACAAUUAUCAGGCCAGAAAUCAAAAGUGUGAUCUGUUUAACCAGUGUGGCACCUGCUCAUACUUCGGGUUCUGUUCUGUUGUGAAGAACUACACUUUGUGGAAAGUAGGAGACUAUGGUGAGGUUUCAGGACGAGACCAAAUGAAAGCUGAGAUCUACAAAAAUGGCCCAAUAAGCUGUGGAAUCAUGGCAACUAAAGGUCUUGAGGCAUAUGAGGGAGGCGUGUUUGCAGAGUUUCACGUCAUCUCACUCAUGAACCACAUCAUAUCUGUAGCUGGCUGGGGAGUCACUGAUGAUGGAACAGAGUACUGGAUAGUCAGGAACUCCUGGGGCGAGUUUUGGGGUGAAGCAGGCUGGGCCCGGAUAGUCACUAGCGCGUAUAAAAAGGGUAAAGGGCACUGGUACAAUCUUGCCAUUGAGAAAGCAUGUGCAUAUGGAGACCCCAUAGUGACCUAAAGGAAGAGGAACUGUUCAGAGCAGCUCUAUCCACAUGUCAAGAGUGUAAUCCAACUGAGAGCAGCACUUACUAUAGACCUUAUUAAAGUGUUAUGAAUGGGAUUGUGUUAGUGAUGAAGUUCAUUUUUCGAUGUAAAAUCCAUUAACACUUGCUGUCAUAGAAUUGCAGGGUUUAGAGAGCAUUAUCACAAUAGUGUUUAUUCUCUAUGUUUUAUUAUUGCCUACUAAUGGUAGAUUAUUUGCUUUUUAAAAAGAAAACCAUGUGUUUUGUUUAGUUUUAUUUAAUGUGUAUUUUACGCUUGCAUAUUUUCCUUAAACAUUUUUGAUUUAUAAUCUGAUGUCUUGGUUGCUGUUUAAAAAAAAAUUAAGCAAAAGACAGUUAAAUAGAGUAACAGAACUACUACAAACGCUGUACAGUGCCUUGUAUAAGUAUUCACCUCCUUGAACUUUUCUGCAUUCUGUAGCAUUACAACAUGGAUGUGAAGUGGAUUUGACUGGGAUUAAUCUAAGAUUAAUCUGGGAUGAAUCUUCACAAAAUAACCCAUAAUAUUAGAGUGGUGGGGCAAAUCAAUAGUAUUUAUUAUUUACGACAAUGUUUAAAAACAUUUUUGUAAAUAGUUUUGCACACUAUAUUGGUUUUCACUCCACUUCACACUGCUAUUUUUGGGGGUAGAUUAAUGACAUUAAAUGUGUUUGUAGGUUGUAACGCUGCAAAAUGUAGAAACGUUCAAGCAGUAAAUCUUAAAAUUCUGUAUUAUUUUAAUAAUUUCAGUGGAUUGGAUUUUAUGAGUGUGAUCACAAUAUUUAUUCAUUUUUAAUGGUUUAUUAUUGUUUUCUUAUAGUAUUGUUUUUCUUUUAAUGAAAAAUAAAAAUUGCACUUUCUUUAACUUUU